AUAAACCUUUAAUCAUUGUAUAGGGGAGUCAAUUAGACCUAAGGCUUAUCCGGAAUCAGCGGCUCUUGAUUGAUCCAAAGAUAGAAUGUCUCAUGUAGUCAUGUCUAAGGCUAAUGAGGAGAAAACACAUAGAGAUUUCAGGGGAAUGGGACAGAGACUUGCAGAGGAAGUUAUAUCUUUCUUAAAGAAGAAACAUGCUAGAUAUGGUCGUUUUAAAAACGUUAAGCUGAGUUUUGUUGGACGUUCAAUCGACAAUGUCAUCAUCAGAACUGCAUUAGCUGAUAGUUUGAUGGAACCAUACAGGGAGUAUCUACAUACAUAUCUAUCGCUUUUUCGGGUCCACACUUGGGUUAUCUAUACAGUUUUAACUCUGGACUUUGGCUCCCAAAGAAGUUAAAGAAUGAUCAGGUUAUUCAUCAGCUUACACUCACAGAUGAUUAUGAUCUCCAGAAUACUUUGUUUUACAAGCUCUGCAAGGUAGAGAAAGUUCAUAAUGUGGUCAUUCCAAGAUUUAUUCCGCUGGCAAAAUCUUGGUUACGGAGAAUUUUUUUUUGAGAUAGAUAAAGAUUCAAAAGCUGUUGUAUAUUAGUAGGACAGUUCUUUCUUCUUUGGUUAGCUUUGUGUACACUUGCGUAAUCGGAUGUACUUUGCAGCAGAAGCUGUUAUGUUGUAUGUUACCCCAACUCUGGUCUCUGUAUUACUUUUUAGCUUCUAGAAUCUCUCUGUAUCGUUAAUGUAAAUGAUUGUUGUGACGCUUUAGAUUGGUUUACAGAGAUCAAGCUAAA